AGCUCCUCCAAUAUGAGAGAGACAGAGGGGAGGGAGAAGGGAGAGAAACAGCCGCCUUCAAAAAUGGCGUCUUCGAGGGAAAAUGACUAAUAUUAUGAAAAAGGAGGCCUCGAGCUCGACGCUCAAGCGGUGUUUGCGUGUAGUGUACGUUUUGGAAAUCGUUCGGUCUUACGCGAGCUUAAACGCGUGAGGGGAAACAAACGAGCUCGACUGAAAAUACAGCAGAAACACCAUCUUAUUUUGAUGCGUCGACAGGGCUAGCGCGCGCUGCUAGCUCGCAACAACAUUGAUUGUUGGUGGAUUUUCAACAUUGCGUUUGAUAUUCGUUCGCAAAAUCAUUGCAUGCGUAAUGUAGAAGUUGUUUAACGGCCGACGGCCCUUGCUCGGUCGAUGCAUAUUUCAUACAAGUAAAGUAAGUGGAGAAAGGGGAGGAGAAACAAGGGAAAGGACGUAUACGGUCAUACGCGUCCAUCCGAAAAUUUGACGGUAACCAGGUCAAACCGAAUUAUUCGCAGGAGCAUGGCAUUACUUGAUGCGAUUUUAAAUGAGAAAAGGCUGAAAAGGAGGUGAGUUAUUUCUUUGGAGGUGGUCGGUGAACACCCCCUCUAUCACGCACUCAUCUCCUCCCCUCCAUUUCCCUCUCCCUUUUCAAUAUGCUAUUUUUCACUCUUAUGGACUUAGUCGUCUCUCACCAUGAUUAAAAACUGACAACAGGACCGCGAUCUUGCUGUGCAAAAGAAUAGUUUUGCACCGAAACCGUUUGCUCGCGUCCCAGCCGCGCGUAUUGCGAAGCGAUGGAUAGAAAUUACCCGGGAGCUGGCUUCGGUGAUUUGGGCGCAGGAGCCGGAUGGAGCUACGAGAGAUCAGCCAAAGCAAGCUUGGUGUACGGCAGCUCUAGAUCAUCACAUCCGGAGUCUGAACUUCUUCAUCGCCAAGCCUAUGCCACUCCCCAUCCCCUGCAGGGUUAUGCUACCAAUCACCAUCCUGGAGGAUCUGGCCAGGGUGGGGCUUGGGGUGCAGCUGGAAGGAGCCUGGGUCUGUCUGGACUUUUUGAUGCUGGGCUGCACCACGCAAGUCCUUCAGGCCCAGAUCCAUCGGUUAUGAACCUUAUAUCUGCCCUAGAAUCCCGGGGUCCACAGCCACCUCCUUCUGCCUCGUCGCUCCUAUCUCAGUUUCGCACUCCAUCAUGGCAGACUGCCAUGCACACACCUGCCCCCGCAGAGCUGUUCAUCUCUGGUGCCCUUCCUGGAUCUGGAUCCUUUCCAUCCUCUUCUGCUUUGUCUGCCUAUCAGCACCCAGCAUCAUUCUCAGGGAGGUCUUUUCCUGGUGUGACCUCCUCACUGUCCUUACAGGACACACCCACUUUCAGCCCUACCUCCAAUGGCCUCCUGUCACCCCAUGAUCCCCUGCUCCACAUCAAGACGCCUUCUCAGUCAAGCCUGGGAUUUGAUCGCCUGUUGUCAUCACAGGGUGCAGCUGCAGCUUACCGUGGAAGUCAUGAUCCAACUGGGGCUGGAGUCACAUCUGCUCAAGCUUCGUCUGCAGCAUCAGUUUCUGCCCGCCAUAUACCAUCUCAUCAGUUUAAUUUGUUGUCCUCCCAGCUUCAAGAUCAGUCCUCCCAGCUGUACAGUGCCUCUGUAUUUUCCUCCACCCCUGCACCACCUCAGCCAACAUCCCAAGAGCGGACAGUACCAAGACAGGACAGUGUAAUAAAACACUACCAGCGUCCCUCUCCAGCACAAGCCCCCUCAUCCACACCUCACCCUCUCCAGCACUACCUUAGCUGUGGGGUGUCCGGAUAUCAACAAGCCACUCACACUCGCCAUGCUGGUCUCUCUUGCAGUCCUCUAGGUGAACACAGUCCCUCCUCAGACCAUAAACCCUCACCUAGGACUGAGCAGUACAGACCGAUAACACAGCCAUCCUAUGGGUCCUCCUCAUCCUCAUCCACUGGAGGGGCAGGAAAGGGGACAAAGAGCAGUUCCAGUAGUGGUUACUCAUCCUCUGGAUCUGCAUCCUCUUCCAGAACCCCUCACACACCACCCUCUGCCUCUUCUGCUUCAUCCUCAUCAUCAUCGUCUUCAUCUUCCUCUGCAUCUGCAAGUGCUCGUCAGUCUAAUUCCAUUCCAACCUCCACUUCUGCCUCUGCAUCUUCUCGCCAACAGCCACCAACACAGUCUGUACCCCCACCACCACAGUCACAUUCCCAGCCCCCACAAAGCUCCACUAAUUCCUCCCAGCAAACCCUUCCCAAGUCGUGCCUCUCUGGUUAUGGAUCCCCAGUGGCUCCAGUUAAGUCAUCAGGUGGUCUAACAGGCCAGACGCCUCCUCAACCACAACCGCAAUCUUUCUCUCCAAGUCAACCUCCAUCACACCUUUCCCAGUCAUAUGGGGGAUUCAGUUCUCCACAGGCUCAUGAUCUGCCUUCAGCUAGGACCUCUGGAGUUGCUAAAGGGUAUGGGAAUAUGGGAAGUCAGUCAUUUUCAACAGAAUCAGUAUAUGGAUCAGAUUCAGGUUAUGGGUCUCUGCCACCAUCCUUAGGAGGGGCUGGAAGUCCAUCAAUGGGUUAUGGUGCAUCAGGACACUCUCCUGCCCUUCUCAGGUCAGGUGCAAGUGGUGGAACAACUGGUGGUAGUAGUAGUGGGGGCAGUACAGGAACUGGAGGCAACAGCAGUGUGGGAGGUGGAGGAGGUGGUGGAUCUUACCACAUGCCUGAUUCCAGUCCUUCUCCAUCUGGCAAUUCAGGAAUCAUUCGCCCUGGUCUACAUUCUCCAGCACCUUCACGACCUGCUCAGUCACCUGUUGGAACAGGAUCCAACAAAUAUCUGUCCUCUGUUCUCUCACCUUCAUUUCUGCCUUCUCCACAAGGCUACCCAGACACAAGAGGACCUAGAUCACAACCUUACCACUCUUCUGCUCCUCCCAAAACAAAGACUGAUAACAGCAUACUUGGUGUAACAGAGUCUAGGCCUCAAGGGGAUGAUGAUGUUGAUGAUGAUUUCCUCAUUCAACACCUUCUUCAAGCCCAGAGUCCUGCUCCUCAAGUAUCCCAUCACCAUCCUGCUCAAACCCAUCAUCCUUCCCAGCCCACCCAGCAGACUCCAGGCCUUCCAGCUCAGGAUGGAAAUAAGGGGCUUGCUUAUGAGAUGAGCAAAAGCUCAGAAGAGAGGUACCACCUUCAGAGUGUUAUUCGAACCCAUAGUGCAACCUCUAAUGCUGCCGUCUCUGGCACAGGGAGUGGAGCUGGACUGGACAGUCAAUUGGAGAUGUCCCUAAAAAAACAGCAGCAGCAACACCAACAACAACAGCAACAACAUCAGCAGCAGCAACAGCAGCAUAAACAGCAACAUCAACAACAAUCACAGCAGAAGAGCAACAGAACUGUAAGCGAUGGAGGACGAGGAAGUUCAGAGCAAACACAUUCUCAUCCUCAUCAUCAUCACGAUUCUCUGGGAUCAGUAGUGCAUUAUGGGCGUGGUGACCCAUAUUCCCAACACUCCAUUCCUCAACACUCCACCUCCCACCAUCAACACACUCCACACACACCCACGCACUCACAUCUACACUCUCACCCACACAUGGAUAUUCAGAAAAAGACUCAAGAUUCAGGAGAUAUGGCUUACAUGCGUAAGACACCUGAUGUGCAGCAACAUCACCAUCAGCAUCAACAAACGCAUCAACAGCAAACUCAGCAUCAUCAGACUCAUCCCCAACAACAUCAACAACAACCGCAGCAACAACAGCACCACUCUCAGUCACAGUCACUUAUGGACUCUCCCACUGACCAGUCUCGCCAAUCUUCUCAUUUGCUGCAGUCUGUGCUUUCCCAUACCCGCAGCAAAAUAGACCCUCAGCAACAGCAGCAUUCUGUAAGCCAGCAGUCUCUUAUGGAAGCUACUGGGGGAGUUGUGUCUGCAGAGACCCAUUCCCAGCCCCAGACAUCACAACUCCAACUUCAGCUUCAGUCUCAAGCCUUGGAAGCAGCUGGUCACUAUGGUCAUAGUUCCCAGCAGCAAGACCAGAGCCGCCCUAAGUCUAACACCGUGUCUUCACUUGACAUGCUGGAGCAUUCCCUCUCUCGGACAUCAAGCCAAGAGGGUGCAAUGGUUGAUGAGAGGACAGGAGGUGAAGGAAACCGGGGGAAUUCUGGAGCAGCAGCAGCAGGAAGUGUAGAAAGGCGCCAGUCACAGGAACAACAAAGACUUUCGUCUCACCACCAAUCACAGCACCAUGCCUCUGAGUUACACCCGUAUCUUCCUGAGCCAGACAUGAGUUUAUCAACAACUUCUCAUGGACACCACCUAUCGCACCAUCACCACCAACAGCAGCAAACUUCACAAGGUCCUCAACAUCCUAACUCCCACCAUCAACAUCCUCUCCCCUCACACCCUAAUCAGCAGAGUCAUCAUCAUCUUCCUCCACAAGCCUCCUCUGCAGCUUCUCAGCAACAAGAGCAAUCUCAUCCCUCUCAUGACUCCCAGAUUCCUCAAGCUCCACUUGACCAGCAUCAAGGAGAGCCCCACUUUGACACCAGAAAUCCAGCAGUAAAAUCAAACCAAAAUCAAAGCCAACAGAGCCAGAGGUUUGUUCCUUUAACAUCCAUUUGCUUUCCUGAUUCUCUUCUCCCAGAUGAGGACCGUUCAUUCUUUCCUGGAAUGGAGGAUAUGUUCUGCCCAGAGGACUACAAAUCCACUUGCUCAGGAGGUCCAGGGCAGGGUCAAGAUGGAGUUGCAUCUGGUCAAACAGUGCAGGAGGGAAUGGAAGGAAUUAAAACAACACCUGGAGGGGGAGACAAUACAGGUCCAAGUUAUGAUAUGCUGGGCCAUCACAGUGACCAGGGCUAUGGGCAGUAUUGCCAUGAUCUUUCAGAACCUGACAAUGGAACCAUGCAUUUGGAUCUUGACUCCUUGAAGACUCAUGAGCUCCCAUCAACAGUCAACACAGAGCAGCUUGGAUUGAUCCAAUCUCAACCAGCCAGUCUUGGAAUGGGUACAACUGGAACUGUUGGGGAAGGAUCUGGUGCCAAAAUAGGAGGUACUGGGGGAUCUGGGUCUGGAUCCGGGGGUCUUACCUCUCCAAUCUUUUGUUCCUCUCGCCCAAAGAAGCUCCUGAAGUCCAGUUCCUUCCAUCUGCUGAAGGAAAGACCUGAUCCUAACUCCUUGCCCAAGAAAAGCUAUGCACAGGAGUAUGAAUUUGAGGAUGAUGAGGAUAAGGCUGAUGUCCCGGCUGAUAUUCGCCUCAACAGCCGAAGCCGACUUCCUGAUCUGAUACCAGACCUUGUGUCGAGUUGUCGCAAAUCAAGUGGAGUGGGAGGGGGAACUUUAAGCCCUUUAAUGGGUGAUCUAGAUUUUGGAUACCCAUCCCUUGGUCCCCCUCCUCAGCUAUUGCCACAGGAUGGACCGAAGAAACGAGGCAGGAAGCCCACAAAGCCUAAACGAGAAGGACCUCCAAGGCCACGUGGGCGACCACGUAUACGCCCAUUGCCAGAACCCAGGGCUAUGAUGGGAGAGUAUGGAACAGGAUUUGUUCCUGAAAGAGGUAGAGGCAGAGGAAGAGGCAGAGGCCGAGGUAGACGGGAUGAAUCUAUGAUGGACAUGGAGAUAGCCAAUAAAGAUCCAAAUCAGAUGUAUCAGCAGCACAUGCAGCAGCAAAUGCAUCACCAAUCACAGCAGCAGCCACAGCACCAGGAGCCAAUCAAACCCAUCAAGAUUAAACUUCCUGUUGGAACCUUGUCAUCAUCUGAUGCCUUGUUACGGACAGACUCCUUGUCAGGCACUGACCCGGCUCUCUCAGAUGGUUCCCUAGGUUCUGCACCAUCUUUGGGAUUGAGCCCUGGGACACCUGGAAUGCCUGACAUGAACAGACCUCAAGAUAAGAAGUCAAAAUCCCAAGAGAUGGAAGAGAAAGAGUCAGAGAAGACUGGCUUUGUUGCCUCAUUUCUGGAUUUUCUUAAGUCUGGAAAAAGGCCAUCAGGAAUGUCAACGGGCUCAGUGGACAGUGCUGGAAAUGAAGAUGCAUCUCCUGGGAAAAGUGGAGGCAUUCGCCCGUUAUCCCCUCAACCACCACCCCCACCUGCUGCGGCAGCUGUAUCUGGAUAUGGAGAUGGUGAAAGUGAUGGAGGACUGUCUUUGGGUGGCUGUCCUAGCCCAUGCAAGCGAUUGGAUGAAGAGCUCAAAAGAAAUCUUGAGACUUUGCCCUCAUUCUCAUCCGACGAAGAGGACUCUGUUGGGAAAAACCAGGACCUGCAAAAGAGCAUCUCCUCAGCAAUCUCUGCCCUUUAUGAUACUCCUCAAAUUACCUCCACAAUGCAGCCUCCAUCACUUCCACCACCACCUCCUCCACCUGCUCCCGAACCAUUGACACCAACACAGCAGCCACCACCCCUCAGCCCUGAACCACCAAUGCAUCAACACCAACCCUCACAUUCCCAUAGCCACUCUAUUGAGCCUGUAAGAAUACAACGGGAAGAGGAGGAAGAAGAAAUGGAUGACAAAGAAAAGGAUGACAUAGACGAGGUAGAGAAAGAAGACAAGGAGGAUAAAGUCCCAGAUAUGGAGCUUCUGUCUGUCUCCAAAGUUGGAGACUCACCUAAAGAAGCCGUGGAAUCCCAAGCUCUGACUUCACUCCCUGCAGUUUCUUCUCCUGCUCCCUCCUCUGCCUCUUCGGCAUCACCGCUUCCUCCACUCCCCCUUCCAUCUCCUGUCCCGCCACAGGAGGACAAUCCUUCUCCUUCUCAGAAAUCACCACCACAACAGUCUUCACCUCCACGUAGUCCUGUGGCUCCAUCUGUGCCUGUCCCAUCUCCUCUACCUCCUCCUCAUGCAGAACCUCACCUUUCCUCCAACCCACCUUCACCUAGUCCACCUCCGGUCCAGGAGUCAGUUCCAGAGCCUGAAUCCCCAGAAGAGCGUCCUGCACCUCAAAUUCUACCAUUGCACUUGGCACAGAAACAAAGCAGUGCUGCUAUUGUUGGAGAGACUGAUGAGGAUGAGAGUGAGAGUGGAGGCGAAGGCAUUUUCAGAGAGAGGGACGAGUUUGUGGUACGGAUUGAGGACAUCAGGAGUUUGAAGAUGGCCCUUCGGACUGGACGAGAGCCCCCUCCCAUUUGGCGUGUACAGAAAGCUCUGCUGCAGAAGUUUUCCCCUGAGAUUAAGGAUGGGCAAAGACAGUUUUGUGCAACUAGCAAUUAUCUGGGUUACUUUGGAGAUGCUAAAAAGCGCUACCAGCGGCUCUAUGUGAAGUUUCUGGAAAACAUAAACAAAAAAGACUACGUAAGGGUGUGUUCCCGAAAGCCCUGGCACAGACCAAGUCUCAACCUGAGAAGACAGUCUCAACCGGUCCCGAAAUUAACUCCACCUCCCAACAACCAGAUUCCCUUAGAGAAGGCUGAGAAAGACAGAGAGAAGAUUAGAGAGCCGCGUGAAACCAGAGAGAGGAACAACAUUCGGCUGAGAGAGCAGCGGGACAAAGAGAAGGUGCUCAGGACCAGGGAGAAGGAGGACAAGAAGGAGAAGGAGGACAAAAAGGAAAAGGAGGACAAGAAGGAGGAAAAGAAGGAGAAGAAAGCUCUGGCUCCUCCUCCUCCUCCGCCGCCGCCACCUCAGAAACCUGAGAAACGGCCAGUGGUGAGCGAACGAGGGAGGCUGAAGGAGGAGAAGAAGAGCAGCGCACAGGAGAAGAAGAGCGAGCGCUCGGCCAAACCUCAGCCAGCAAAGGUAAAGGCAGAACCUCCGCCCAAGAAGCGCAGGAAGUGGCUGAAGGAAGUGCCCUCGUCAUCAGAGUCGGACUCUUCAGCAAGCGAGGAUGAAACAGUGUCAGUAAAGGCUGGCCUGAACACGCGAGCGAUGCGCGAGAUGUACCGCAGCUAUGUGGAGAUGCUGGUCAGUACGGCGCUCGACCCGGACAUGAUUCAGGCUCUGGAGGACACAGAAGAUGAGUUGUAUCUUCCUCCAAUGCGCAAGAUCGACAGCAUUAUCAGCGAGCAGAAGAGGAAGCUGUUGAAGAGAGUCAACAUGAACUCCCAGCACCAGGAGACUCUUCACACGUUCCCUCAGAUAACAGCGGAGCCUCUGGACUCGGGGUUGGUGAGGGUCAGGCUGGGAGGAGAAUGCUACAACCGCAAAACUCUGAACCGCAUUAAAAAGAGUGUUCCCAAACCACAGGACCUCAAGCUGUCAACAGAAAUGUGUCGAAUCUACAGUCUCUACCAUUCACUGCAUCACUAUAAAUACCACACCUUCUUACACUGUAAGAAAGAGACGAACACUAUAGAGCAGGCAUCAGAAGAUCCAGGACAGGAGGAAGUGGUUCAGCAGUGCAUGGCCAAUCAGAACUGGCUGGAGACGCUCUUCAACUCCUUCCUGGAGCUGAUGGCCCUCAGCACCAAAGUGUAGGACAGACCCAAAAACCAGAGACGGGAGUGUUGAGGAUUGGAGACGGCCUCAAUCUGCAAAGCGCUUGGAUUUAUUGUCGCCUAGCUCCCCUGUCCUCCUCCUGGGAUUUACAGAAACGUUUUCUUUCAAACGGCUCUCAUACAGGACCGGCGAUGAUGAGAUUAUUAACUCCCUCCGAGGCCGUUCAUCCCUGCACACGGACGUGACCGAACCGAGAUGGCCUAAGACGGGCCCGAAGGAAACGGUACACAGAGCCAUGGAGGAUUAUACUGUGUGGAGUCUUUAUACUUCUGAGCGGACUGACGGAUUCAUUGUGGGAAAUUACUGACAGGAGGAGUCGACGCUAGCAGAGGAGAAGUCUGUUACUGAAUUUUACACCAGUAAUUUUUUAAGCAGUUUUAUUCUGGCUUUUUUUCUGAAUCGAGAGCGAGAGCGAGUGAAGGUUCUGUUUUAUAAACGAGUGCGGACCGGAAAUGCUGACGUGGGAAGAUGCGUGCAAAGACAUGUGUGAUGACAUUCAACGCUUUAGUCUACACGCGUGAAACAAGUGUGAGCUAAAGUAAUACAUUUUUAUUAUUUAUAAAGACGUUUUUAACAGGAAUUCGCACAUACAGUACAAACCCAGUAAUGCUUCGUAACGGUUCUAAUAAUGCUAUAAAUGGAUGCCACAUUCUGAGCUGUCUUCCUUUUUGCUCUUGAAAGGUGAGGUGGUUGGAGACACAAUGGGAAAUGUAUUAUCUGCUUUUAUCUGUUACGGAAAAGAGAAAGGCAAGGCAGAGUAGAACAAACUAUUUCAAGCUACGCAAGCGGUAUUGUUAUUAUUGCAGUGCAUUCUACAGCAGGAGAAAAAAAACAUUGCGUGGAAGUGAAAGUGAGAGCAAAGCGUCUGGUUCCCAUUAGGGAGGGAUUAUGUAUUAGUACUAUUUAAAAUGGAAAUUUGUUUUUAUUUGUUUGUCUUUUGUCUGUAUUCUGAGUAUUAUUUUGGAACAAUCUAAUACUGUGCUUCUUUCAAAAGUAAAGCCUUUGUGUAAAUAUUGUACAGCUCUUGACAACAAAAAUCUCCCGGUUCUUCUGUACAUGGACUAUCCCUGUAUUUGACAAACAAAUAAAACCGUCAACAACUA